AUGGCAGAGAUUAGGAAAGUGAUGGAGAAUUCGAAGACGAUGAAAGAGUUGCAAAAGGAUAAAAAUAAAAAGGAGGUGUGGCUGAGCGGUGCCCUCACCAGCCAACAGACCUGUUUAGAAUCGUACUCGGAGAUGGAUGUUAACGCGGAGAAGAAUAUGAAGAAGUUCAUAGCCAAAUCACAGGAGUUAACCAAGAAUGCACUCUCCAUUUUGAAUGGAUUAUCGUCCAUCAUAAAAGCACCCAAAAUUGACGGCAUUGACUUAUCGACGAUGUUCCAUCAGAAGCUAUUAUCGAGCGAUUUCCCCGAUUGGAUGAGCUCUGGCGACCAAAAGCUUUUUCAGGUUCUUGCUGAAGUCCCGAAGCCGAAUACUAAACGAUUUGUUAUUAACAUUAAGGAAGGAGUUUACGAUGAGAUACUAGAAAUCCCCAAAGGUGUUGAAAACGUUAUGUUCAUCAGAGAUGGUCCGACCAAGACUAUCAUCACUGGUAACGUUAGCGUCGAAAAGACACCCCCGAUACCUACAACAUUCAACACUGCAACAGUUUGUAAGUUAUACAUACGCCGUAAACACAUUCGAGAACUCCAUUGGACCCGAGGGUACCAAGUGGUCGCCCUCAGGGCAUCUGGUGAUAUGUCUGCCUUUUAUAACUGUCAUUUCAAGGGUUUCCAAGACACACUUUAUGCCAACGAGAGACGACAAUUCUACCGUGAUUGCGUCAUCGCCGAAACCAUAAACUUUGUCUUUGGCGACACUAGGUUCGUGUUCCGAAACUGUCAAUUGCUCAUCCUGAAGCCACUAGAUAACUAG